CUCGAGAAAGUGUACACAUACUGAAGCCACGUGUCGAGUGAAAAAUCUUGAAUAAAAAAUGGAAAAUAAGAGCCAGGAAAUUGAGAAACCGCGUGAUACAGUGAUAUUGAUUCUAAAAAAGAAAAGAUUUGAAGUUGAUAAGCAAAAAUUAAUCAGCAAGAGUCAGUACUUUGCUGCUCUUUUGUCUGAAAAUUAUUUAGAAUAUCGUCAGAAGGAACAUAUUAUUGAAUAUUACAAUAUUCUUUCAAUUUCAUUUCAAGAUUUCGUUGAUUGGAUUCACAAUGACAAAAUUAAUAUCUUUACAAAUAAUUGGAAUAUUAAAAAAUGUAAUCGGCUCUCCAUCCUACUACAAUUAAGUAUUAUAUUUGCAGUAAAUAAUCUAAUAGAAUACUUAAUCUAUAAAAUAGAGGAAAAAUUAUAUUUUAUGCCACCAAAAUUUGUAAUUGAUAUAUGGUUAUUAUCACAAGAAUUGAAUUUAAAUAUCCUCCGAGAUGUUUCAUUCGCAUUUUGCUUAGAUCGUUUCGAUGAUCUACCACUUAAUUCAAUUUAUGAGCUAUCGAAGGAUAAUUUGCUUAAAUUAAUUGGGAAUAUUAAUAUAACAUCCACUACAUCUUAUUUGUUUGAAGUCACAAAUAAAUGGAUGAACUACCAUAAUGAUUUUACAAUUCCUUUAGAAAUCUUAAAGAAUAAGGAAACAAAAAUACUACACAGUAUUAUAUCUUGUGAAGACGCUGAUUUUGACAAUGAAAAAUUUAUUCAUUGUUGGGAUGGUAAUGAUUUUUUUGAACUUACCUCAUUUAAAUAUCCUAAAGAUAUUUUUAAAUAUUGUACUGAUAAAUAUAAUGAAUUAGACGGGAUGCAAUUCGUUGGAAGAAAGUACAAUCUUUACCUGUGUGGUGGAAAAUUUAACUUUACAGAACUAUAUAACAAAAAUGUGUGGCGUUACUCCUUGAUAUCUAAAAAAUGGUUCCUUGAGACUACUAUGCCAAUUGAAAAAAAUGAGUAUAUGAUUGCUGCGUUUGUAAAAAACAAAUUAAUUCUUGUGGGCGGUUUUACAAGUAACAAAAGUGUUGAUAUCUACGAUAUUUAUACAGGCUUGUGGACAUCGGGUGCAGAGAUACCUAGCCCUGUACAUUGUACGUGUACAUAUUGGUUUAAUUAUUUCGUUUUGGACGACAAAUUAAUCAUAUGUAAAUAUUUCCAUGCGACUUUUAAUAAUGGCCAACCAAAUUAUGAAAACUAUUGUAAGUAA